AUGGUAUGCAGCAGAUAUUCACUUCUGGUCUUCGUGGCCGCCGGCGUUUGGUUUCUUCCAGGCUGCGCGGCUGCAUCAACAGGCUCCUCCGCGGAGAUAAACAGACAUCAGGGCAUACACGUGUUAUACUCUAGCGGAGUGGAAGAAGCAACAUGCGCCGACGAGAACACGGGAAUUACAGUAGAGGUCGCGGCUGACGAAACUGAAGCAACGUUCAAAUGUGGCGAUACUGUUACUGCUCUAUACCCGGCAGAUUGUAACGGCGACGUAUGCCCCAACACGGAAUUAGCACGUAGAGGGGAUCAGAAAGUACAACGGAUUUGUGAAGACGCCGAAUGCGGAAAAAUAAAGGCUUUAAACGAUGUUUUCCCCGGUGCAACGAGAGACGAUAGUACUGGUGAGCACGUGCACGUCCUGAAGUUCCCCAAGGAGGAUCGGCCACAGAAAGACGCGUGGUAUCACUGCAAAAGCGCGGAGGGGGCCACCACUUGCAAAGUUAAAAUCAGCGUUGCAGCGGCUCUCAAGGACCCGCUGGAAGACUACAUAUGCUCCGAGGAGAAUACAGAUGUCGCAAUAGAGGUCGGGGCCGAGGAAGAAGAAGCAAGGUUUAAAUGCAGUGGUGCUAACACUGAGCUAGAUCCGAAAGAUUGUACCAGAGGAUCUUGCUCAAGUGUGGUGGCAUCGCGAGAUGGCGAUGGUCAACAGUUACAAAUGGUUUAUGAUGACGAGUCUUGCGUAACACCGAAGCCUUUAACCGAGAUCGUCCCAUCUGCCACGAGGCACGACGAUGCUGUUAAUCAUGUUUACAAGCUAACAUUUCCCAAGGACAACAGGGCGGAGCAGAACCUGUGGUACCAGUGCAAACCUGCAGAUCGCAGCACGACUUGCAAAGUAAAAAUCAGUGUCCACGAAGCUCCACCAGAGCCACCCUCUUCAACUGCCGAAAACAAAUGCGAAAACGGCGGAGAGGUACUGAAUUUGACUGCGUCACCAAGCUCGCCACUCACAUUCGUCUGCCCGGAAUCACUUCCUCUGAAACCUGGCGAGAUGAACGUUUACGACAACACCGAUGCUCAAUGCAAGGAGGAGGUGGAACUAUCCAGUCUCGUAGAUGCGAGACUGGUUGGAGUAAAGCAGAAGGCUACACUUGUAACAGGGGACACAGUGUAUACGCUAACUGUUAACAAGCUGCCGCCGAAGACGGCAUUGCUCUGCUAUAGGUGUGCCGCGACGGAGAGAUAUUUGAAGUCCUUGAGACAGUCGGCAGACGGUGUUGACGAGAAUGAUUGCUUGGUUAAAGUCAUGGUAGGAGCAGACCCUACAGCGACAACUACUCCCGUGACGCAGACUGAGACUCAGUCGAUUCCAACGACGUCCUCGACCCUGUCUUUGGGAAGCAAUAUGGUCCUGUAUCGUAACCUGCUAAUUGUGAGUCUCUUGGCGGGCGCGACACACAGGUUAUAG